AAGAAGAGGCUCGGCUGUACUCGUCCUCUCUGCGUUUUUUUUUUUCUUCUCAAAAAUAAGCUGGAAGAUCAGCCUGGACAGCUAAGAGACCUGCACACAUCCUGGGGAUUGAGGAAUGUCUCCUCUCCUCCCAGAUCCAUCACACUGCGCGAAUCCUCCGUGUAACUGAGCGCGUUGUACGUCUUUGCCUGACGUGGACGCAGAUCAGCAAAGGAUCCUUCUGCCCAGAUGAGAGACUGGACUGAGCCUGAGAUGAGCUUUCCGGCAGGGGGGUUUCUGUCCCACUCAGACGGGUACUGCUCCACCGAGCAGUUCCAGUACUAUGACAUGCUGGCCGACCCUCUGGGCUAUUCCCUGCAGGACCCUGACCUCCAGCUGCUCCCUCACAGCCAACAACAGUACAUCCCGGCAAAUCUGCCCUUCUCCCUCUACAGCUCUCCGCCCUCCUCCACUUCCUCCCCUUCCUCUUCCUCUUCCUCCUCUCAGUUCUGCCAUCCUCCGUACCAGUACAGCCCCGUGUGCCUGGAGCCCUGCGGGCCCGGCCCGGAGCCCCUCUGCGGGGGCCUGGCCCCGGGCUUCGGGGGGGUGGAGCUGCCGCUCGGCCGGAGGUCUCGGCUGGGGAUGGGAGGGAAGGGCCGGGGGCAGGACGAGCUGUGUGUCGUGUGUGGAGAUAAAGCAUCAGGGUAUCAUUACAACGCCCUCACCUGCGAGGGGUGUAAAGGGUUCUUCAGGCGUAGCGUGACUAAAAAGGCCGUGUAUCACUGCAAGACCGGCGGCGGCUGUGAGAUGGACAUGUACAUGAGGAGAAAGUGCCAAGACUGCCGGCUGAGGAAGUGUCGCGCCGUAGGGAUGCUGGCCGAGUGCCUUCUGACUGAGGUGCAGUGCCAAUCCAAGCGGCUGAGGAAGGGAGGUAAAGGCCGAGCGCAGGAGGAGGAGGAGAACACGGGCAGCAGGAGAGUCAGCUCCACCAGCAGGCUCCCCGCGCAGACCCGGCCCGCCAGUCUGACCCGGGAGCAGAAGUACAUCGUGGACACGAUGGUGGAGGCUCACCGCCUGUACCGGGGUCAGGACGGCAGCAGCUACACGGUGGGUCAGACGCUCGAGGACGUGUACGCCCUGCCCAGCAGCUCCGUGCUGCCCUCAUGCCGUGUCUUCCGUCGGCAGCUUUUUGACUGGCCGUGCUCGGAGGACGGGGAGGGCCUGAGCGACGCCGUGAUGCCCCACCUGCAGAAGCUGCUGCAGUUCGCCAGGACGGUCCCAGGCUUCGAUCUCCUGGAUUUCGCCGACCAGAGUGCCCUUCUGUCCGUCUCGUCUCUGGAGGUCAUGUUCCUGCUCUCGGCUCAGCAGUUCUCCCACAACCCCGCCGGUCCCAGUGCAGCCCUGCAACUUUUCAGCACGUCGACGCACAACUGGCUCCGAUGUGCAGAGUCCAGGGAUCACGUCCUGAGCAGGACGCUGAUCAGCUCAGGAGGCAGCGAGGAACUCCUCAGACCCGUGCUCAACUUCCUGCACAGUAUGGCGGCGCUGCAGGUGACGGAGGCCGAGUACGCCCUGCUCACUGCCACGACGCUGCUCUGCUCAGACCGCGCGUCCCUGCAGGCGGCCGGCUGCGUGGAGCGGAUGCAGGAACUGAUCCUGGACCUGCUGUCCCGGACGUGUGGGGCCCACGGCGGAGCUGCACGAGGGGGCCCGCAGCGCUUCGGCCGGCUGCUGGGCCGUCUGACGGAGCUGCGGACGCUCCACCACAACUACCUCCUCCUGACCAGGCAGCAGCCGGGACACUGACGGAGACCCGCCGCAGGGAGGCAGGACGUCCUCCACUUUCAGGACCAAACGGCAUCUUUUCAUUGGACCUUUUUGAACAAAACAAACUUAAAAACCCUUUUUUUUGUCAGUCCUGCAUUUACUACAGAAUUCCAGCUUUUGGACGGUUCAGCAAAGUAUUUUUAAAAGCAUUUUUAUACUUUUGUAUACAGCUAAGAUACACACUUGUAGUACUUUUUUUCCACUUUAUUGAAAAAUGAUAAAAUAAAGCAACAACCGUUGACAAAGUGUCAGCUAGUCGUUCACAGGAAAGCAAUCACGCCGGCCGACUCCCGCACGGUUUCCUCGCUGGUUUCUGAAUGUGUAAAUAUAACCUUAAAUUUGGAUUUAAGGAAGAAAACAACCCAGAAAAAAAACAGGUAAGUACCCAAAGAUGUUUUCUGCUUUGUUGGUUUUUAAUAGAGCAUUUUUCCCAAAAUGAGAAAAACAAAACAAAACUGGUUGGAGACAAAGUUUGAUGAGCACGUAACGUGGAACAGCGGUACAAGCUGAUGGCCGUGUACUUUUUCCAUUUGAUAAAAUAGGGCUCUGGAUAAUAAAUAAAUCAUCUUGCC